ACAAAAUUUAUUUGUUUCAUUUAGUUUAAAAUAAAUUAUAAUUAUUUUUUCAGUAAAUACAGUGAUAUUAACAGGAAAAAAACAUUGUAUAAAAGAAGCAUAUUAUAAAAACUUACGACAGGAGCUUAGUCCAUUAAAUUUUUAGCACUAUCACAAAACAUAAAAAACUCCGAAUCUUUGGUAGUUACAAUGUUUUAAUUUUAUCUCACCUCACAGUAAUAGAUUUUGGCACUGAAAUGUUUCAUAAAAACAUGGUAUGGUCAUCAAUUUCAAAUGGAUUGGCGUAACUGGCGUCGAUCUAGAUUUAAAUCAUGUAUUUCUGUCUGAUUCUGCCACAUCAUUAAGUUCAUUUAGUAAUAGCAGAUUUACAAAAUCCAUUUUUAUUUCAAAAUAAACAUAUAAUAAACGUUAAACAUUUGAUUAAACACACGCAAAAAGUUAGGUUAAUGGAUUAACUGACAGAUCUUCGAUCAUUCCAUGUCAUUCAUAGUUUGUGGUUACAAUCCAUACCACUAGAUGGCGCAGUUUUGUUUGCUGCCCAAAAUGUAAUGGGAAAUGUCAAGAGUUGUAUGUAUUACCCUUCUAUAGUAUUUGAUAAAACGCAGAAGCAACAUAACCUCAAUUCAGUUUAGCUUCCACUCCACACCACAUGACAUAAAUGACAGUGCAGUUGUGAAUGAAGGGUUUAAUGGUGGAAAUUGUUUAAAUGUUAAUAUAUAUUUUAAUUGGUUAAACAUAACAUCAUUCCAUUUUUGUGACAACGUCACUAACCGCUAAAUUUUCCCUUUUCUUGUUUUACCGUUUUUAACUUAUUUCAACAAGAUGAAUCCUGGAGAUUACGAAACGCUUCCCACCGAUAAUGUAUCAUCCCAUAUGAUUGCUGGCGCGAUAGCUGGGAUUAUGGAGCACUGUGUUAUGUACCCCCUCGAUUCAGUCAAGACACGAAUGCAGUCCCUUGCAACUUCAGGAACUGAAGGUAUCAGUGAGACGCUAUUAAGGAUGAUUCGGCAUGAAGGUAUUUUGAGGCCCAUUCGAGGUAUGUCAGCGAUGGUAGUUGGAGCUGGACCUUCACACGCUUUGUAUUUCAGUAGUUAUGAAUUUACGAAGAAUAUCUUUGCACAGUAUUUCAACGCUUCAAGAUAUGACAUGUUAAUUUGUGGUAGUUCAAUAUCAGGUUGUAUAGCGACAUUAAUCCAUGAUGGUUUUAUGAAUCCGGCAGAAGUUGUGAAACAAAGGAUGCAAAUGAUAAAUUCCCCUUACACAUCAGCUUUAAGGUGUGCUAUAAAUAUAUACAAAUUAGAAGGACCCAGAGCAUUUUACAGAUCGUAUACAACACAACUCACCAUGAACGUACCUUUCCAGAGUAUCCAAUUUUCGGUAUACGAAUUAUCACAAAGAAUAAUCAACAAAGAACAGGUGCACAAUCCGACGGCGCAUAUGAUAAGCGGCGCGCUGGCAGGAGGAGUCGCCGCAGCUAUCACUACACCCUUAGACGUAUGUAAGACACUUUUGAAUACUCAGCAGAUGCAAGCUACAAGUGGAAUGGUCGAGGCUAUGAAAGCGGUCUAUCGGUACAGAGGAAUUUCUGGAUUUUUCAGAGGUAUCCAAGCAAGAGUGAUGUUCCAAAUGCCAGCGACAGCGAUAUGUUGGUCGACAUACGAAUUUUUCAAAUACACUUUAAGGAGUUCUUCCGAUAUCAGGUUAAUACCAGGUAGUAGUGGUAAGGUCUCAGCAUCAUCAAUUGAUAAGGAAAUAAAACUUGGCAGCGAUAGUAUUCGAAUAGAUUCAAAUAACGAAAAAUAUAAUUUAAAAGUUAAAGAGCUACCCGCUGUAUCAGGUGCUGGUUUGUAUGGCUCAAUAUCUUUUAAUACUAUGCACAAAGCAGAAUACAACCAGAAAGAUUCAUAUUUAGAUGUAGCUCACACAUAGUACACCAACUCUUUCUCAGACUUUUUUUUAUCAAUAUAAAAUGUAUUAUUUUACCAGUCAAGAGAAUCGAUCAUUUGUUGUCUAUUUUCAAGGACGUUUAAAAAAUAAACCAAAUCUUUUAGACAUUCAUUUUAUAAUUAUGAGACUAAAACAUCAACUAGAGUUCUCCAUUGAAAGCGAAUAUAUUUUUAAGACUUAUUCCGUACAAAUGUAGAUGUAUUAGAAAAAUUCCUAUUAGUAUACCACUGUUUAUUGUAUAUAGGUGUCUUUAAACUGAAAGGCUACUUACUUUUUGCACUUCCAAUUUAACUUAGUUUACAGGCAUAAGUACAAUACAAGUAUUUGUUAUAAGCAUACUUAAAAACUGAAUAUUUAACAAAAUUAUGUGUAACGUAACAAAAAAGGCUUUUCUCUAGAAAAAUGUUCAGAAAAUUGAAUAUAUUCACAAUAUAUUAUGAGCUCUAUGAGUACUGAAAGUAUUAUCUUAAUACACAAAUAACAAAAUAAGAGGAUUGACUAAGAACCCCCAACAGACCCUUCUUGUCAUCAUGUCGUUAUUUGUUCGUUUGUCUAUCUUCAGAUUAACUCUUGAAAGUUCUAGAGUCGUGCCAAGGAAAAACUCUAUUGGAUGUGAGGUAAAUAGGCUCAAGGCCACAAACGUUACAGAUGGCACCACAUAUGUGUAUCUUUUUCCUAUUGCGCCAUCUACUUUCGAAGGUUGGCGAUCCAAAUGAAAUUGUAGGUGUUCGAAAUGACAAAUAGACAUGACAGAAUAUAUAAAUCAAAAUAAUUAAAGUUAAUAAAGAAAACCAAACAGUUGAGGUACAAAGAAGAAUUAGAUUGGCGUGGGCAGCGUUGGGAAAGUUGAGAUGGAUGCUAAAAAGCACAAAGAUACUUCUUCUUCUUCAGGUUCCUUACCCUAUCGGAGGUUGGAAAUCAUCAUCGCUAUUUUAAUUUUAUUGGCCGCACUUCUGAAUAAUUCUAAUGAGCUGCAACCGAACCACUCUCUCAAAUUUCUUAGCCAGGAUAUUUUGCGUCGUCCUGGGUUUCUCUUCCCUUGUAUCUUCCCUUUCAUAAUUAAACUAAGUAAUACGUACUUCUCGACACUCAUUAUAUGACCCAGAUAUUGAAUCUUUCUAAUUUUAACAGUUUUUAUGACUUCACAUUCUUUCUUCAUUCUUUGUAACACCUCCAUAUUAGUUACUUUUUCAGUCCACGAUAUUCUGUGGAUUCUCCUGUAGCACCACAUCUCAAAGGAGUUUAAUUUUUUGAUUACAGACUGUUUUAUUGUCCACGCUUCCAUGCCGUAUAGUAAAGUAGAAAAAACGUAACAACGUAGCAUUCUUGUGCGGAUCUCUAGAUUAAGGUUACGGUUGCAAAGUAAGUUCUUCAAUUUUAUGAACGUGUUUCUUGCCAUUUCUAUUCUAGAUCUGAUUUCUUUUGUUUGAUCUCCAUCUUCGGUUAACCACUUUCCUAAAUAUUUAUAGUCCGUACCUUUCACAUGCAUUGUAUACAUGUUGUAUUAUGUACUGUAAAUCUUCCAUGUCACUUGCAAAUAUGACCGUAUCGUCCGCAUAUCUAAUAUUAUUAAUGCUAUUUCCGUUGACCAAAAUACCUUCCACAAUAUCAAAUAAAGCUUCUUGAAAUCUCACUUCACUAUAGACGUUGAAUAAGAGUGGUGAAAGUAUGCACCCUUGUCGAACUCCUCUAAGUAUACUGACUUCCUCUGUCAGUUCUCCUUCGACUCUUGCUCUUGCUUUCUGAUUACAGAUUCGAUAUACUUUGUAGAUCUCUACUAUCUAUGUUUUUGGUCUUAAGAAUACUUAAAAGCUUUUCAUGUUGAAGUCUGUCAAAAGCUUUUUUAAAAUCUAUGAAGCAAGCAUACAACAGUACCUAAAAACCCGUGUAUUUGAUCAGUGCAUCCUUCCUGUUCCCGCAUGCUCAGAAACAUGGUCAUUGACAAAGGACAACAUAAACAAAAUAUAAAUAACUCAAAAAAUGGAAAGAUCCAUGUUGGGAAUAAAACUACAAGACAGAAAAUCAAACAAAUGGAUAAGAGAGAAAACAAAAGUAAAAAAUGUAACGGAACAUAUACAGGGAUAUUUGCGGGCCACAAUGGGAGACAGGAAGAUAAAAGAUGGAAUGCUGAGAUACAAAACUGGAGAACGUGGACAGGAAGAAUUGGAAGACCUCAGAUGCGAUGAAAGGACGAUAUUGUAAAAGCUGCAGAAACUCACUGGAAAAGCGCAGCUAAGGACAGACAGAUAUAGAAAGAUUUGGAAAAGGCCUAUGUUCAAAGUUGGAUAGAGAUGGGCUAAAGAAGAAGAAAAAAAGAUCAUAAUAUAGAACUGCCUGAAUAACAUGAUUACGUAAUAUUAAAUAGGUAGUCUAAAAUGUAAACUGCAUGUAUAUUUCCUUUUAACACCUUUCGACGAACAAUAAAUCAGAAGUUUCUUCAUGAAAGUAUUUUUAAUAAUUAAAAUCAUUAUUUAUGUCAUAAGUAUUAAUUUCAAAAUGCAUAGGAAAACAGCCUUAGUUCUAAUCGUUGAUUUUACAUAUCUGCUCUGCAUUCCGAUUUCCUUAGAGAACUAAUGAAAAGACAAUAUUUACUUAAGAUUUUGUUUAUUUUUUAUAAGUUUGCGAAUUAUGUAAUAUAUGUAUUUAUAUAGUUUUGUACAAUACUAUCUAAGAAAAACUAUCUGUUAAGUGUUUGUAAAAAGUACAUUUACGCUACUAUAUUGUACAUAGAAACUCAUAAUUUUUAGAAGUCGAGAAUAUUCAUGAAAAUUAUAAGAAAAAUGUGUUAUUUUUUAUUUAAAUGUUAUUUACAUUCACACAACAAAUUCUCAACUUUAAAUCUAAGCGAGAAUGUUCCAUAAAACAGAGAAAAGACAUAAGAUUUUUUGUUAUUACAAAAUACGCUUUAUGGUUAUCAAGAGAAAAAUAAAAAAUAGAACUAAAAAAAUAAAAGAAUUGAGAAAAAUAAGUGAAGUAGAAAUGACGAAAAGUAUGUCGAUAUUAACCUUUGGAAGACCAAGGUAAAUCAAUUUUGACCUCGACGUAUAAUUUCUUCAAUAGACUGAGAACAAUUUUUAACUCAUUAAUUUUUUUAUCUGACUCUAAUCUCAUUGUAGAUACCCUCAUUUGUCGUAAUAAAAAAAUUCCCUAUAUUUCACGAAUAAAAAAUAUUUUCUGAAUUUGGGGUCAAAGAUUUGGCCUUUCAAGUUCCAACUUUAUGGUAAGAACUAUACCGCCUAUUAUGUGAAAUUCCGAGUAAUUUUGAACUGCGCAUUAUCAAAAUUUAUUUACCAUGUAUAUAGAUAAAUAUUAUUAUGAAGACUACGAAAAAUCUUUUCGAAGGAUACUUUUUCUUCAAGAUUUGACACUUGAGCUAGUUACACUCUUUAUACAAUCCCGACCGCGUCAAGGAUUACAUAAACACAUUCAAACAGCCGUAGAUAUGGUACUAACAAAAUUUUCAGAAGAUUCUGAAGACGAACGGCCAACUGAAAAUCCCAGGAAACGUGGGUGAUGUAAAAUUUGCAGUCGAUCAUCCGACAGAAAAUUCACAUCUAAAUGUGACAAAUGAAAACAUUUUGUCUGCAAGGAACAUUCCAAUACCUAUUUAAAAAAAAUCUUUGUUAUACCUCUGGCGACGUAGUCUUUUUGUUCAGUUGCAAUUAAAAAUUUGUUUUGCUAAUGUUUAUUAGUAAUUUCUUGAUACAAUACCAACAUUAAAAUUAUGAAUACAUAAUUUUAUUUCUUAAAACGACUUCAUUUGUUUGUCAAUAAUUGUCAUUAAUGCCCGAGGGUCAUUUUUGGCCACUGCUGGCCAUCCGUGUAAGAAAAAAAGGUUGGUAAUUGGAAGAUUAAAGAAGUUUAUGGGACACCGUAAAUAUCCGGCAAUUAAGACAAAUACUGUUAGGGCCCCGAGACUCGAUUUAUUUGAAAUAUUCUUGAAACUUACUCUUCAUCGUAAAAAAUCUUGUGCGAAAAGAAAUUAUGCUAACAGUUUCAAAUUGCUGUAAACAAAUUAAAUAGCCAUAAAGUUUAAAUCCAUUGAUAAAACCACAAAAUGUUUGUUAAAAUAUAUACUUCCAGAUUAAUCCACCUGGGAUGGGUUAAGACAGCGGGAAUAACUAGACUUAGGACCAGUUUUUCAGUAAGAAGUUAAAAUCUUGAUUAGGUAAUCUAGGUUAAAUUUUUACCAAUAUUUUAACCCUCAUAACGUUUUUCAGUGCUAUUUCAGGUUAAAAAAAUCUCGGUUGCUAACCACUUUUUUUUCUUCUGUUAGCUGCAGUAAUUGUACUUGCGCAUGUGCAAUUUGGGAGGUAAUCAGUUUAACAGAAAAAUCAUUGCCUAACCUAAUUUAAUAAUAACUAGGUAGAUUAUAUUUCCUGUAUAAUAACGAUAAUAAUUUUUUAAUUUCGAUAGUAAUAUAAUAACAAGGUCGAAUAAUUUCCAGAAAAAAAAACAAAAUAACAUAACCAAAUAAUUAACCUCUUCUGUCAGGCAAUACUAUGAAACUCUGAACUCACUCUCAACAUAGACAUAAUAUAUAAGAAGAUGUAUAAUUAUAUUACUCUGAUGUAUUCACUGUACCUCUGCGCAAGCGUAACUACAAAUUUUGGAGUUAACCCAUCUAACGAGUAUCGGUUAAAAUCUUAGUCAAAUUAAACGGGUUUAUGCGGUAACCUAGUACUGAAAAACUGAUUUACCAUAAAUAUUUCGGUGACCGAAAAUUAAAUAAGUUAAUCCAGCACUGAAAAAGCAGCCCUUAAAUACAUAUUUUUUUAUUUUUUCGAGUUUUUCCUGGGUUUCUUCAACAUACAAAAAUGUUUUGACCUCAGAUUCAGAUUUUGUAGAAACUUGUAAACAAAACUAAUUUUAAUAUUAUUUUAACUCACUUGUCGGUUUUGAUUUAAAAAUGUGUAAUUACCAGAGUAAAUGGUUUUCGAAAAUUUUACAAUUUUCUCUAUCUUCAAAGUCAAAACCAGUUUUACAGCAGAAAUUUGGAUUCUUUGUGGUCCAAAAAUGGCCUCUGAAAAUUUGCAUGUAUUUUUACGAAAAAAAAAUAAGUUUUUCAAAUUUUCGAACAAAUCGAAGAGGGUCAGGUUUGCUCACUCUGCGUGGAAUUACCCAUUCUCGAACAUGAGAACUCUUGUUGUCUUAGUCAUAAGCAUUAUAAAUAGAUUCUUUGUUUAUUGUUGGGAAUAUGUUUUGUGAAUAUAAUCUAUUUUGCACACAGGUAACAAUUUUUGCGUACUACAUACACUGUGGCCAAGCUUAGUUAUUCUUUCUAUUAUAUGAGUUAAUUCAGCUUUAUUCCAAGCUUUUCGUAAACAUUUUCAUGAAUAUUCUCAUGUGUUAAUUAAUAAUAUAAAAAUAAAAUAUUUUAAAUAUGUCUAUGAAAAAAAUGUGGGUGAUAAAGAUACAAGUUAAAAAACGUUUAAAAAGGUAUGUUGCAUAAAAAAUUACUUUUAUUGUCUAUGCCUAGUGUAAUUCAACCCAUUUUAAUUAUAAAGACAAUUAGAGCAUUUGAACAUGUUCGACAUGUACCAUGACCAUGACAUUUAAAACAUGUUCGAAUCGUUUUAAACAAAUUCUGUAGAGACCAGUAGACCAGAAAAGUAUUUAUUUGUUCAAAAGGUAACUAAAAUAAAUUAAUGGUCAAUACGAGUAAUACAGUCUGAAAUUUUAAAAGUAUUCAUCAUUUAAUAAGUAAAUACAAAAAAUUCUGUAAUGUAUUUGAUUGCAUUACAUUAAAAUAAAUGUUGAAAACCUAAUUGUUGGCAAUAACCCACUCUGUUGUAAAACACUCUCAACUUUAUUUAAUGUUUUAGCUGAAAUUCUCUUUUUUCUAUUAUACAAUUUACUAUGUUUUAUUAUACAAUUUAUUUUGUGCAUAUAUACAUACUUUACUCUUAAGAUAACUCAAUAUAAAAGUCCAUUUGUGUAAAAUCUGGUUAUUUAUUUGGUCAAUCUUCGUAUCUUUUCGACAUAUUAAUCUAUUAGGAAAUAUGUCAGCUAAAUAAUUUUUUCUAAUGCCAGUACAGUACAUUCCCCUGUCCUCUUAAAACCAAAUGUUUUUAUUCGGUUAACUCCAAUCUACUGCAUUUGAAUCUAAGUUUGCCCAAAAAGGAACAACUUACUCUCAAAUAUAUUCAAAUGUUUUUCAGCUGUCAAAUUUUGCAUCUGCAUCUCUCUGAACUGAACUGUACCAACCAACUGAAAUUACUGUGGAAAUAUCCUUGUAGGAUACAAGAAAUAUAAUGUACAAUUAAAAUGGGUUGAAACCACACAUACCUUAAAUGCAUCCAUGUUGAAGUUUGUUUAUCACAGUAACUGCACAGAAAAAUGGUAUCCCAUAUUAUAUGUUUAUGUUAAAUUUUGUUGCUUAGUAUAUGAUCAGUUUUUGUUAACUAAAAUUGGGAAAUGCUACGCUGAUAGAACCUUUAUUUUAUCUGUUGAAAUACACUGAACAUCACUGACGAUUUAUCAUUUAGGGAAAAUGAAAUAAAAAGGAGAAAACAGUCAACUUAAAUGAAUAUUAUUAUCAGUACAGUUUCAUGUACGGGUUCUAUCUAACAUUUAAGUUUUGUUCUCAUUAUAAUACUUUUACUACCAAAAUUUAAAAUAACAAUUAAUGUUUUUAAUGUUUUUCAAAAUGACAGUCUGUACAUUAACGCAAGUAUCAAAGAAAUCAAUUGCAUAGCACUUGUGGAACAAGCGUGUACAAUUUUACAACUUAAAAAUCUGUACUAAAUUGUACAUCUUGUUGAUUUUAUAACUACGAUUCUAUUCCUGCUACUUUAUACGUGGCUUUUAGAAAUCUUGUUUCACAGGAAAAACCUUCUAAACCGUACUGUCCAAUUUUCAAAUUAAAGGAAGAUAAUCUAGAAUCUAGACAAGCCGCGUCGAUGAACUGCGCAUUUCUUGGUCAGCAAAGAAGUAUAAUUGAAGUUUCUUGUUAAGCAUGCUAAAAACUAUUUUUUUUUUCUCUAGAUAUUGAUUAAAAAAUAGUGUUCAGCUCUUUCAAAAUGUAUAAGAAUUCUCAUUCUCUUCGCUACAUUCAAAUAUACAGAGCUGAAUACGUUUAAUACUGUAAGGUUUGAAUAUAAAAUAUGUAUGCGUCUGAUGAAUUCUUCCACCUGCAAGGCCAAUUACGGAGUCAGGUCGGGAACUUUUGGUCUAGACGAUUGGAUACUUGCGUGUUUAAGUACACCGAUGUCAUUUUUGAUACCUACUGUUCAUAAUCUUUAGGUUAAUAUUCAGAAUUAAUUGACGUUUCUCAAUUUUAGUUAAAAGAUAUUUAGCAGCCCCGUUAAACAAGUUUGGAUAGCCGUGUAUAAGUGCGACACCCACAAAUCAUUUUGGAAAGCAUUAAAGUGUAGCUGAACUACAUUGGCGAAACGAACACCUGCAAAAUAAUUACAAGCUAUCGUCUAUUGACAUCUAUCAAAUCGAUUGAAAAAUCAUAGUUUACAGUUUGGAAUGAACAAUACUGGUGUACGGAGUGUAUAUAAAUUUUUCUUGUUGGAGAAAUGUUUUUCUUAUUUAUCUACUAGAUGCGUUACUAUUAAUGUUUUUGUUAUGUUGUUUUUUGUUCCUUUUGUAUUUGCGAAACCAAAUAUUAGGUGGUGGUGUCAGAAUAUUAGGUACAUGUCCGACUGCACUUUCGAUGAUUCUAUUAAAUAUUUAAGAUUUUUUAAGUCAUCAUCAAAAAUGCUUUUGACUUGAAACAUUGAAUGCGGCAAAUUAGACCAUCUACUGCGCUUUUAACUCUGCCACUACGGUUUGAUUCUCUUCGUCACUAUGCCUCGGCUCGGAUCUCUUUCAUCGCGUAGUGUUCAUAUCCCUAACCUAUAACAUACAUGGACCAUAACCUAUAACAUACAUAGUUGUUGUCAUAACAUAAUAUGUGGACCUAUUAUAACAGUAAUACCGUUAUAGUCCAAGAGGCGGUAAAAGUUAUUAUAGUCGGUCAGCUGUAUGACGGAACAGAGCCGGUCGGUCGGCCCCAGUGAAUGUACAGGGUUAUUCACUAUAUUUUGACCCCCUUGUAAAUUUCUUUAUUUACAGAAUGAGAAAAAAAUGUAAAAUACAAAAGUUAUUCGAUUUUUAAUUAUGAUUUUUUGACAUAUAUAUCGUACUAGUGACGUCAUCCAUUUGGGCGUGAUGACGUAAUCGACUAUUUUUUUAAAUGGGAAUAGGGUCUAGUGCUAGCUCAUUUGAAAGGUUAUUAAAUUCCCUAUUCAGUAAUAUAAACAUUAACAUGAUUAAUUAUACAGGGUGUCCAAAAAUUUUUUUAAUUAAAUUAAUUGUUUAAUUAAUAAUUUAAAAAAAAUUUUGGACACCCUGUAUAAAUAAUGAUCUUAAUGGUUAUAGUACUGUAUAGAGAAUUGAAUAACCUUUUAAAUGAGCUAGCACACGACCCCUAUUCUUAUUUAAAAAAUAGUCGAUUACGUCAUCACGCCCAGAUGGAUGACGUCACUAGUACGAUAUAUAUGUCAAAAAAUCAUAAAUAAAAAAUCGAAUAACUUUUGUAUUUUACAUUUUUUUCUAAUUCUGUAAUUAAAGCAGUUUACAAGGGGGGUCAAAAUAUAGUGAAUAACCCUGUACAUUCAUUGGGGCCGACCGACCGACUCUGUCCCGUCAUACAGCUGACCGACUAUAAUAACUUUUAUUUAUAUUCAAUUUAGAAUGUGUGUACUGAUUUUCAGACUUAGUAAAUGGAUUUAAUUACCUUCGUAGGAAAGCAACUGAUACCCUCACAGUAAUCAACUGUGAAAAAUUUAGCUUUAGUAAAUUAAAAGAGAUUUUUCAGCGCUGCCUCUCCGUCUAUAAGAUCCAAGUACUGUUGAGAAAUGGUCACACGAUCAUAUUUUUGAUCAAUGGUCGGCAAACGCGGCACCCAAUCGACAGGAUAAUUUUUUCAUAUACCAAACUUCGUUCAAAAUAUGACUUGUGCGCUCUUUACUAAUUCUUGUGGACUCCUUCCAAUUCACGCACCUUCACUUUAUGAUCAGAGCUAGAAUCAUUUCGUGCACUUCCUUCGCAUUUUUCGGUGUAACUGCAUCGGUGGGCCGUCCAGUACGUGGUGCAUUCAGUGUUGAUAUACGGCCAUUACGAAAUUCACUGAACCAAAAUUUGACACUGUAUUCUAAAGGAACAUUAGUCCUAUAAUAUUUAUAUACAGCUUUUCUUUUGUUUCCUUCGCUAUUUUAUUUCUCAAAUAAUGUUUAAUGGGAGAUCAAAAGUCCUUUUUCUCUGUAUGCUUCAUUUUUCAAAAUACGUCAACUUGAUGCUGCUGUCAGAAAUAUACUAACAACUGUAUCACACUAAAAUUUGGCAUGUGUGCCUAAAAAAGGUUAGAAUUUUUAGAAGUAAUGUUUUUUGUGUGAUCAAAGCGCCCCAAUCGGCAAAGGAGGUUACUUAUCAGGUCACCAGAUAACGCCCAUUUUUUGUUCUUAAAGUUUUCCUGUAUAAUGUCGACCUAUAGAAGAAUUAUGAGGGUUUCCUGGGUAGAUAGUUACGAACAACGAAGUACUGAGAAGAAUAGGUAAAGAGAAGGAAGUUGAACUUACCAUUAAAGAAAGAAAACUACAGUAUCUCGGACAUGUGAUGCGGGGCGAGAAGUGUGGCAUCCUGCGACUCAUAAUGCAAGGAAAGAUAGAUGGCAGAAGAAGCAUCGAAAGAAGACGAAUUUCAUGGCUGAAGAACCUGAGAGAAUGGUUUGGUUGCAGCUCAAAACAACUAUUUAGAGCUACUGCCUCAAAAAUUAAAAUAGCUAUGAUGAUUGCCAACCUCCGUAGCGGAGAUGGCCCCUGAAGAAGAAGAAGAAGAAAGUUUUCCUGAGUUUUCGGUCACUUUUUAACCUCAGAAUAUUCGGAUCUUAGUUAUAAAUAACAUUUCCGAAAUUUCUAUAAGAAUCUAAGGUCAAAGACACUAAAACCGACUCAAGUUAAUUUUAUACAGGGCGACUGGACUCAUGAUCACAUCAAGUAGCAUUCUUAAAAACCUUUUAAUGCUCUGAAAACAAUUGAAUAUUUUCCCUCGUAUAUAAAACUUAUUGUCUUUCUUCUUGUAUAUUUUUUAAUCAGUAAUACGUAAUAACACGAUUUCUAUUAAAUAUUUAAAUUAAUAUAAUAAUUUCUAGCAAGAAGAAAAUCACUCAAGAGCAGUCGGACAUCUAGCAUAUGAAAUGUAUACAGUGUAAAUGAAUAAACUAAAUGUUAUAGGUCGUUAGAAGUGCCAUAGUUUACCAUAACCUUAAGGAGAAAUUCACUUCAAACUAAUUUUAAGGUAUAGGUUUUAUUCAGAAUAUAUUAUCCGAGUUAAAUUUUUCGUAUUUUUGAAAAAGUUUUCGUUAUCAGUGUGGUGAAUAAUAAAAAAAAAUAAUGUAGAGUAUGCCAUAUUGGUAUGAAUUGAAAGCUAUUUUUUGAUUAUUAAAAUAAUUAGAUAACGAAAUAUAAAAAAAAUAGUUAAAAGUGAAAAAAUGUAAAAUUUGAAAUGAGAGUUGUUUUUUGAAUAAUCUGACGUUAUAAGUUUUAUUAGAUGUGUGUUAGUAGUUAAGCUUUAAAUCCAUCUAGAGCAAUGGUCCAUAUUAUCUUCGAAAAGGAGCAACACAGUAUUAUUUUUUAUUUUCUUAGGGUACUGCCAUUACUAAUUAAUUAUCAACUAAAAGGGAAGUUCCCUAGGUUGGCUGUAUACCAUAUAGUUAAAAAACUCUAACAAGAAGUAAAACCACUUCUAUGUAAAUUGGUAUAUUUAUUAAAACUUAAAAAAUUCCAAUGGAUUGAAUAAAAAAUGUCCAAUUCAGAACGUUUUCCGACCUAUCGGUCCAUCAUCAGUGAAUGUGCAUACUUGCUAAAUAGCCCCAGAACCAAACAAUGGUUGAAUUUAAAAUUCAAUCUACAUUAUUUAAAAAAUAAUAUUAAACAGGCUAAACGCCGAUGUUAAAGGAUAUCGCCUAUGGGAACAUGGUGAAAGUCUAUAAAGGUAGAAAAAAAAAACUUUAUAGUCAAAGUUGGCCUAAGAUGGUUGAUUGAGGUUUUGGUAGGGUUUCACCAUGUUCCCAUAGGCGAUAUCCUUUAACAUCGGCGUUUAGCCUGUUUAAUAUUAUUUUUUAAAUAAUGUAGAUUGAAUUUUAAAUUCAACCAUUGUUUGGUUCUGGGGCUAUUUAGCAAGUAUGCACAUUCACUGAUGAUGGACCGAUAGGUCUGAAAACGUUCUGAAUUGGACAUUUUUUAUUCAAUCCAUUGGGAUUUUUUAAGUUUUAAUAAAUAUACCAAUUUACAUAGAAGUGGUUUUACUUCUUGUUAGAGUUAAUUAAUUAUCAGUUACAAGUAAAUCAUUAUUUCUUCAUUUUUAUUCAUACGUUUUUUAGGGCAUAAAAAAUUGAUAAUUCUUGAGAAUUAUUGAUCGGGUCUACCUUUCGGCGACGAGAUUUUGAUUUACUCAUAAUGCCCAAAUGUCCAGCCCAUAUAGUAACAACUCACCUCCAGGACAAUUGGAUAAUAUCCAUAAUAGGGAUGUUCACAAAAAAUUUAAUAGUCAUUUUAAACAUGUAACGAUUAAGAAACACCCUAGGAAUAAUUGUCUAACAUAUUAAGAAAAUUAAAAAAGCCUGUCUAUGAAAAAACUUCAUUAGAAAUCUAGCAUUAUUUUAAAUUUCAAGAAAACGCUUCUGACGUCACUAGUCGUAUACCCCAGCGCGCGCGUUGUCCACAGUGUUAUUCUUUAGGUACCCGUUUGACGUUAGUUCAGGUCAUUUUAUUUUUUAUUUUGUUCCAUCGAUAAGACGGUGGGGUGUUUUGUUCUCUUAUUGUUUUAUCAGGGCUAACGUGAGUUUUAUGGUGAAUUUGUUUAGUUUAAAGUGGAUAGACUAUUUCUAAGAACAUAUUUUUGGUAGUAGAAAUAAAUAAAUAAAAUGAAAGGUUUUUAAAUAGCUGAUUCGCUUAACCUACCUGCUGUACAUGUAACAAUGGUGAAUGGUGUCUGAUUUCUUGUCAUCUUGUAAAGAAAUAAAUCAACCACAGAGUAGCGGAAUGUUUAUUUUAAUAAGGUACAGGGGUGAAAAAAAAGAGAAAAUUCUUUUUACGAUUUAAAUUAGCUGGAUAUGUAAUAAAAAUCUUGUCAGAAUUGUUUUUAGAGGUAUUUACACACCAAGGAAUAAAACAUCACUUAUUUGGUUUCAUCUUUACUAAUUAAAUACGUAAAGAACUGCACACAUUCAAAUGCACUUCGUAAAUAAGUAUACAAAACUAGUCGUCGAUCAAAGACGAUACGACUGCUGACGUCACACACCGAAGCCUCGCUGCAGGGUACUGCUUUUCUAGCCUCCAAGAAAAUCAAUAUUAUGAACUCAUUUAUCUUAAAAAAUAUACAUUUUAAACAGUUUUAUGAUUGCUGCGUUUUUAUAUACCUUAUAAUCUAUUGAAUUUAACUGUAUUUAAAAAUUAGUGAACAUCCCUAUUGGAGAUUCGUCGGACUAAAGAAACGGGGCUGUAAAGGGCCUAGCCGGGUAAGAUGAUGAAAAGUGCCCCCAACUCGAUUCGAAUUCCAUAUAGGUCACCGUUUAGCAUAUAUAGUGAAACUAACUUUCUGAAAUUUUUAGCCCCCUAGGUGGUCAUGUGACCCACCUAGAGCCUAAUUAGGCUUUUUAAGUUUUUAUUUUUUAUCUCAGCCGCAUCGAGAAAUAGCAAAAAACUUUAAAUAAAAAAGUUGUAAGCUUUGAAAAGUUCUAUCCAAAAAAAUUUAUUUUUUUAAAUUUUGGCGGGAAAUUUAAAUUUUAGGACGAUUUUAAAAUUUUAAAUGAUUAUAAAAAAAUAACUAAAACAUUCGUUUUUACGAAAAAAAUAUAUAACGUGUAUUUUUGCAUAAUAUUUCAUCCAGAAUUUUUUCAAAUUUUUAAAAUUGGUGAAACGCACCUUUAAAAAUAAAAAACCGCAUAUUUUCGGUUAUUUUCCGUUUUUUGAUAUAAUUUUAUACAUAUUUUUCAAAAAAGGUAAUACCGUCACUAGAAUAGAUAAAAAACUGAAAAAUAAUUGGGGUUUGCUUAAUAAAAAAUUUUUGUAAUGCCAUCCAUUUUCAAGAUACAGGGCGUUGAAGAAAACAAAAUUUUACACAUUUUUUACGAUUUUGCAGAAACUACUGGCAACAUUGUAAUAAAAUUUGGCAAGUUUUAAGAGGUAGUUGUUCUGCACUUUUUGACAUACAAUUAAGAAUUUUAUAUUUAUCAUUGGCGCGCAUACGGGUAAUGGUCUGAACUUUUUAAAGAGAAAAGAUAGUACGCCACUGACAUUCUUCAAAUUAACAAUCAUUUUUGAAUAGUUUAAAUAAAAAAUUUGUAAUAUUUAAAAAGUUUCGUGCGAAAAUUUUUUUUUUAAUUUUUGGCGGGAAUUUUAAAUUUUAGAACUAUUUUAAAAUUUUAAAUGAGUAUAAAAAAUAACUAAGACAUUCGUUUUCACGAAAAAAAUAUAUAACGUGUAUUUUUGCAUAAUAUUUUACCCUAAAUUUUUUCAAAUUUUUAAAAUUGGUGAAACGCACCUUUAAAAAUAAAAAACCGCAUUUUUUCGGUUUUUUUUUUCGUUUUUUGAUACAAUUUUAUACAUAUUUUUCAAAAAAGGUAACUCCGUCACUGGAGUAGGUAAAAAAUUUCAAAAUAAUUGGGGUUUGCAAUAAAAAUUUUUUGUAACGCCAUCCAUUUUCAAGAUACAGGGCGUUGAAGAAAACAAAAUUUUACACAUUUUUUACGAUUUUGCCGAAACUACUGGCAACAUUGUAAUAAAACUUAGCGGGUUUUAAGAGGUAGUUAUUGUGCAUGUUUUGACAUACAAUUAAGGAUUUGAUAUUCAUCAUUGGCGCGCUUAGGGGUAAUGGUCUGAAUUUUUCAAAGAAAAAAAGAUAGUACGCCACUGACAUAUUUCAAAAUAACAAUCAUUUUUGAAUUCCUCAUUCAAUUUGCGAUAAAAAGCUAUCGUAUCAUUUUUACGCUUCCAAAGUAUUCGAAUUAGUUUUUAUCAUAAUGGAUGUAUGAGUUUAUGUAUGUAGAUGUACGAGUAGAAACUAUGUACUAAUAGAAGUUCGAAUACUUUGUAAGGGUUAAGAUGUUUUAUUUUUUGAAUAAAAAUGGCGCAUCGUAUGAAAAAAGCGGAAGAUAGAUUAUUUGUCACAAAUUGAACGAGGAAUUGAAAAAGGAUUGUUAAUUUGAAAUAUGUCAGUGGCGUACUAUUUUUUUUCUUUAAAAAGUUCAGACCAUUACCCGUAUACGCGCCAAUGAUAAAUAUAAAAUUCUUAAUUGUAUGUCAAAAAGUGCAGAACAACUACCUCUUAUAACUUGCCAAAUUUUAUUACAAUGUUGCCAGUAGUUUCGGCAAAAUCGUAAAAAAUGUGUAAAAUUUUGUUUUCUUCAACGCCCUGUAUCUUGAAAAUGGAUGGUAUUACAAAAAAUUUUUAUUAAGAAAAGCCCAAUUAUUUUUCAGUGUUUUACCUAUUCUAGUGACGGUUUUACCUUUUUUGAAAAAUAUGUAUAAAAUUGUAUCAAAAAACGAAAAAAAAAACCGAAAAAAUGCGGUUUUUUAUUUUUAAAGGUGCGUUUCACCAAAUUUAAAAAUUUGAAAAAAUUCUGGGUGAAAUAUAAUGCAAAAAUACACGUUAUAUAUUUUUUUCGUGAAAACGAAUGUCUUAGUUAUUUUUUUAUAAUAAUUUAAAAUUUUAAAAUCGUCAUAAAAUUUAAAUUUCCCGCCAAAAAUUGAAAAAAUAAAUUUUUUUGGAUAGAACUUUUUAAAGCUUACAACUUUUUUAUUUAAAGUUUUUCGCUAGUUCUCGAUGCGGCUGAGAUAAAAAAUAAAAACAUAAACAGCCUAAUUAGGCUCUAGGUGGGUCACAUGACCACCUAGGGGGCUAAAAUUUUCAGAAAGUUAGUUUCACUAUAUAUGCUAAAUGGUGACCUAUAUGGAAUUCGAAUCGCGUUGGGGGCACUUUUCAUCAUCUUACCCGGCUAGGCCCUUUGUCGCACAAGAGAUCCACAAUCUUUUGUAAUUAAUUAUAAGUACAUACUUUCAAUUGAAAAUUAAAAGUUUUCUUAGUAACAACACUGUACCGCGGUUGAGUGACAUCUUGCGGCUGUCGGACUCGACGAUCGCUCCCUCUUUUUAGUCCGACAAAAAUCAUUUAUUUUAUUUUAACGUAUUAUCUUUUGAUUAAAAUUAAAAAUUAUAGUUUUGUCAUAACAAAACAUAACCGCGCUAGAGCUAUAGGUUUAGGUGUUUAGGCUAAAAUUUUCAGAAAGUGGUAGACUCACUCAAAACGAAGCAGUUAAAUCCAAUUUUUAAGACUUUUGUAAUCACUUUCAAAAAAGGACGGUGUACCUGGGACUGAUAUUAUAACGAGUAGGAUCAACACUACCACUGCUGUUGUAUCCUACCACAAGAACAUGGAGUAUAUCGCAUAGAAUUGAUAUAAAGACCUAUCUAACAUUAAAUAUUUUUUAAUAAAUAAUGCCCUUUUCUGACAUUCACUAAACAGCUCUCUGUAUUUUUAUUUAGAUAUAAACUAAGAGAAGUUUUAAAUGACGAAACACCUGACAACUUUUAUGUUGUUCGUAAGUUAUGUUGUUACACUGCACUACACACCAGAAACCACUUAUCUAGUUUGUUGAAUAGGUUUUAAUUAGCAAAUGCGAAACAAUAAUUUGAAUAAAACAGUGGCGUAACCAGGGGGUUUUGGGGAUUAUAAUCUCCCCCCCCCCGUUGGGAUGUACUUUGAGUUCUAUACGUUCUUAUCUGGGGGUAUCCAUACCAGGCAGAGUUGUAGUAGUAACCCCCCCCCCCCUUAGAAUCAUUCUGGUUACGCCGUUGAAAUAAAAUGGCUUAGUUCACGAAAAGAGCAUUUUAAGACAACACAGUUAAUCUUGCUUAAAAAUUCAUUUAUUAAAAUAAAAAUACUGCGAGUUCAAGGCAGAGUGUAAGUUUUUUAGCAGUGUAAACUUUUUGUGGUUAAAUAAUGGUUGAUUGCUUUCUUAGGCUUUGUAUAAAUGCAGGCGCUUUCGUCGCGUUUUACCGUUUACCUUAACGCGCGCUUGCAUGCAGUGGCGUAACAAACUCCGUCGCCCCCCCCCCCCGCAGAAUUGGAAAUGCGGCCCUUUUAAACAAUUACUAAAUACCUACGACUUGUGUAACAAAAACUUAUUUGUGUUAGCGUAAUAAAGCACUGUUCAUAACAACUUACAUACAUUUCUCAUCUUUAUUGGUAUAGAAUUAUAGAAUAAAAUAGAACAAAAAUUAAUAAAAGAUUACAUUAUUACAUAGUAGGUAUUAUUCUAUGAGAUGAACAACUUUAUGCACUGCUAUCAGCGAAUAUAUCUACAAUUUUAUUAAUAUCUAUGCUGAUGGACAACUUCAUUUUCAAUAAUUAUAAGCGCUAGAGAAGAUAACCGUACUUCUGACAUUGUACUAGGAAUACUCUUUCUGAAUUUCUACUGCAUCUUGAUUGUAACUUUAGUAUAAACGUAAACGUAAAGAGGAAGCCCAUUUCUAGAUUUAGAAAUAUUGUUCUAAAAUUCCCAAAAUUGUAAUUGUCAAAUAUUUCAAUAAGUCACGUACAAAGCAUUAUAUUUUAUCGUCCUCACCAUAAAAGUUCGGGUGACCGAAAGGGAUUAAGUUUCUUUUAGAGAUGAGAUGAUUCACUUGCCGAAUAUGCCUAUUUUAGAAAUUUACAUUCUUAAAUUUAAACACACAACGUAAAAUAAUAUAACAAUAACAGAAUUUACAUAAUAUCAGACGAUAAGAUGGGGCCCCUGAUCGAUGCCCCCCCCACCCCCCGAAAGUUUCAUGCUGCGGAGCCUCUGUUACGCCCCUGCUUGCAUGUGUACGAUACCAUUUUGCUUAUCUGGAAGAAAAGUGUCACAACUCAAAAAACAUUGUUCAGAAGAGACAAAAAUAGAUUUUUUAAAUCUUAAUUUAACUGUCAGUUACAAACGAUAACUGCUAAAAUUUUUAAAUUAAAAACGAAGCAUAUGGAUACGUGAAGGUUUCUAAUUGUGUAGGAAGCAAAACCAAAAAACUAUAUCUGAUUUAACAAAGAAAAAAAGAUCAAAUUUUGAGUUAUGUCACUUUUUUAAACACUAACGAAAAAUACCUAGAACACUUCUCGAAAUACAACGGUUUUCAAAAUAAAUAAAGAUACGUUCACGUCAAACGUCAGAGCACAAUCUCAAAGUGUCAUUGUUCCGACCAUAGCCACCUUUACUUUACAAGCCAUGAAGAGAAAAAGGCAACGUCGCAAUUGAUGACGUCGGUACUCUGACUUUCGGACUACUGCUUUCGAAACACGAUUUUAAAUUACAAAUUCAAGUAAAAUUUAUAGUAUUUUUUGAGUCAAAAAGGAAAAUAUAUUAACUAGAAGCUUUUACAAAAUUAAAUUAAAAGUAAUUCCUUGUAAGUAACGUUUAUUAUACAAAAAAAAAGAAACAAUGACAAGAAAAUGUGUAAAAUACUUUAUUUUAAAUAAAUAAUAUCUUAUUUUAAAUUAUAUGCAAAAUAUCGCUUGAAAUAACUAUAAAAACAAUUGCUGACAAUGUUUGAUGUGCAUUGUUGUGGUUUAGAGUAGAUAACUUUCUUUUUUGUUAUCGCCCUUAUCGUUAUUUUUCUUUUUAUAUUUUUUUGAAGAUUCAUUACUUCGAUGGCUGCUAUUUUUUAUAAUUAUUUAAAACAAUAUUACACAUAAUUUUUAUAACAGCAGAAUAAACUUUGAAGGCAUUUUCCCUACAUUCACAAUAAAAUUCAAAAUUUAAGUGAAAUCCUUCAUGCUGUUGUAAACUUUUCAUUACCAAAGAUCAUAAUAACAUCAAGUGACAAUAAUUGUUUUGCAAAAAUAAUUUUUUAAGAUUGGGAUUGUUAAUAAUAAAUUGAAAUGUUAAACAAAGGUGAUAAUAAAUAUAUUUUACUGAAUCCGUUGAUAAGCACAAACCAUCCCUUUGCAAAUAAUCAUAGUAAUCUGUUCCAGUUGUCUCUCCUUUACUGCAAAAAACAAGCGGUUUGAACUAGAAUCAUCUUAAUAACAUACCUUUUAAAGCUCUUUAUAAUUAGUAGCACGAAACAUUGUAAAUUUUUUCAGUUUCUCUGUAAAUAUGGUGAAUAUUGUAUACAAACAAAUGAGAACUGACAGACUUAACCGGUCUACCAUUAGAUGUUGCCAAGUUUCAACUUCAUGGCUUGUUAAGUAAAGGUGGCUAUGUUCCGGCAUACAAUUAUCCAUUUUAUUGCCAAAGGAAUAAUGACACUACCGCCAUCUUUCGAAGUUGGAAGUAAACAUCUAUGUGACUUUUUUUCUGGUAAAAGUAUAGGGUAUUUGCGGUCAAUUUAACAAGAUAAGAUAUAUUAUGCACUUUACUUAACUUGAAACGCGGCGUUAGGGUUUAUCAGGUAAAACGCGGCGAAAGCGCUCGCAUAUGUACAAAGUUUUAGAUGAUAUUUACAACCUUUUGAGAUUAGUAUUAAAAUGGUAGACAAUUGAAGGAAUAACUCCGUUUCUCUCCCCAGAUAUUUUUGGUUGUAUCUUCUUUUAUCAAAAUUCGAAAUUUUUUUAAUCGAUCUACAUUUUGUAAUCUAUUACAAUUACAUAAUAGUUGAUUUUUGCUGUAUGUUAAAAAAACUUCUAAGUAAGUUUAUUUCUAAUUAGGAUACUUGUGACCAACUAGCUUGUCAUAUUUUGGAGAUCUACAAAUCCUGUUUUGUUUGGGUAAAUUCAUGGUAGAGACUCAUCUAAUACGUCAUGACUCAUGUCAUACGAUCCAGGAUAGUAUUGUACUACAAUUUCCUAACUAUAAUUAGAAAGAAGCUUGUGAAACUGUUUCCAGUUAUCAUUUCUUUCAAUUGAUGACGCACCAACACACAACUGCACAUAUAUGUGCACUCUUGCAUUGUUCUGGUCCCCUUUUUCUUUGCCAAAAUGCGGUCGUUUUUUUUUCAAUUUUUUCAUUCAAUCGAUCAAUAAGUUGGUAUAACAUUCGCCAUUGAUUUUUCCCCUUUUGAAGGUAGUCAAUGUGGAUUAUACCCCGUGAUUCCUAAAAAACGGUCACCAUGACUUUAUUGGCUGACAAACCUACCUUUGCCUUCUUUGGCGACGAUUCACCCCGAGAAACCCACUGUUUUGACUGCUGUUUGGUCUCUUGUGUGUUGUAGUGGAUCCAAGUUUCGCCCACGGUUACGAAACGGCACAAAAACUCGUUCAUAUUGCGUCUGAAUAACGCCAAACAUUCCUGCGAAAUUGUCACACGGUUGCGUUUGUGGUCGAUUUUGAGCAAGUGCGGCUCACAUCUUACAGAAAGCUUUCUCAUAACCAAGUGAUCAUUCAAAAUUGAAACCACUGAGCCUUGUGAGAUGCCUAUAGCUUCCAAAAUCUCAACCACCUUUAGUCUCCGAUCUUUUAAAACCAUAUCGUAAUUUUGUUCAAUUGCUUCGGAUGUAGGGACCUCAACUGGGCGCCAAACACAAACUAAAUGACACACUUUGUCUGUUGACAGGAGCAGUGUUGCCAUUACAAUUAAGAGGCGGGAAAAUUAAAGAGUGACGGACUUAUUGACCUCCUUCGUAUUAUGGUUUACAAUUGGUAGAGUCAACGGUAUACUAGAUCUAUCAACGGCAUCUUAUGUGCGUGUCUGGAAAAUUAACAACUUUUCUAAAUUUUAAAUGCUGAUUUCUUUGCGCCUUUCUCAGUUUAUUAGAUCUUUUCUUCCAUCUUAAAUGCAUUCAAAAAUAUUGCUCCAGUACAAAAGUGAAAAUUUUGCAACGGUUUGUUGCCGUAGUAUAUGUUGUUGCCUUUCGUUGUCAAACUAGUGCUAUAUAAAUAUCGCAUGAUAACAAAAAAAUGAAACGAUUUUAUCUCAUUAAGUCUACACAUGCGUAAAAAGGGUAUUAGGUAUUGCUAAGCUAUUGUCGUAAUAUGUGUAUAUUAUAAGACGAGGAACUAAUAUUGGUUUCCAAUAUUACCAAAUAAAUACAAUAAUAUACCAUGAAGUACAAAACCAAGUUUAAUAACUAUUUUUCUACAUUUCGCAAGUGCAACAGUUCUCUUAAAAUGUUACUUGACAAAACAAAUAUUACAUAAAUAAUUUUCAUGAUGCAAAUAAUUCGCUAUAAUAAAUUGAUUGAAUACGACAAAUUGAGAGAUUUUGAUUCGUUAUAAUUAAAGAUUUUGAUACUAGUAACGCUUGUCAAGCUGUGAUAAAGUCCUUAUCAACGUUUUAGGUAUGAUAUUGACUUCGUUCAGAUGGGAGUACUAUCAUAUUGUUUUUACGUUAUUUUAUUAUUUUUAGGAAGUAAAAAUAUAGAUGUGUAGUCUCAUCUAUUGUGAUAAGAGACCUUGUCACUAUAUAAACGUAGAUUAUGUUAACGUCAUGUUGUUUAAAAAACUUUGAAUAAAGUGUUAACAUUUGAAAA